CCUGCCACCUCCGAUACAAUGUGUACGGUUGGUCUUGCUUGACCAUCAAUAACAAGUCAUGGUAUUUUCUGAAUGAAAUAUAUAAAAGUAGUCGCUUGAUCGGUAAAAAUGACAUUUUCAUAUCGAAUUACAAAUUUUUGUAAACGUUUUUCAAGGUGACGUAAAUUGUUUACGUAAGGUGUAACAAGUGCUGAUUGUGUUCUGAGAACCGUAGAUAAUUAGAUGAAAAUGACUAUUAUGGAGUACGUGCAAACUUUAUCAGACAAUCCAUACUUUGGUGCUGGAUUUGGGUUGUUUGGAAUUGGUGCAGGAGCAGCGUUGCUCAGAAAAGGCAUGCAAGGGGCUGUGAUUCUAUUCCGACGACAUUAUAUGAUUACGCUUGAAGUACCAUGUAGAGACAAAAGUUACGAUUGGCUGCUCAAAUGGAUUACAUACAAAGGUGCUAGAAAAACUCAACACCUUGCUGUGUCAACCAGUUUUCAACAAAGUGAUACUGGAUACGUUUCCACCAAAUACGAAUUUAUACCAAGUAUUGGUAAACACUUCUUCAGGUAUCGCAAUAAUUGGAUAAAAGUUGAAAGAACAAGAGAGCAACAAAUGCAUGAUGUCAAUUUGGGAAUGCCAUUUGAAUCAGUUCAUCUCACUGCAUUUGGAAAAGACAGGAGAAUUUACUUUGAGAUUUUGGAAGAAGCUAGACAAAUGGCUUUAGCUGAACAUAAAGGAAAAACUAUAAUGUACACUGCUAUGGGCCAUGAAUGGAGACAAUUUGGACAUCCAAAAAAGCAACGGCCUCUCGAUAGUGUUGUUCUUGAUACAGGCGUUGCUGAAAGAAUAAUGAAAGAUUGCGAAGAAUUUAUUGAGAACGUGUCAUGGUAUAGUGAUAGGGGAAUUCCUUACAGAAGAGGCUAUCUACUGUAUGGUCCUCCAGGCUGUGGCAAAUCUUCAUUCAUAACUGCUUUAGCUGGUGAUUUAGACCGUGGAAUUUGCGUUUUAAAUCUGUCAGAUAGAAUGCUGACAGAUGAUAGAUUGAAUCAUUUAUUAGCAAUUGCUCCACAGCAGACAAUUAUCUUGCUUGAGGAUAUUGAUGCAGUAUUUGUGAGCAGAGAAGAAACGAAAGAAGUCAAAGCUGCAUAUCAAGGUUUGAAUGCUGUUACCCUCAGUGGUUUGUUGAAUGCUUUGGAUGGAGUUGCUUCAUCAGAGGGGAGAAUUUUAUUCAUGACUACAAACUACUUGGACAGGCUAGAUCCUGCUCUCAUCAGGCCCGGCAGGGUUGACUACAAAGAAUAUAUUGGGUAUUGUAGUGCAAUUCAGUUGCAACAAAUGUUCCUUCGAUUUUACAAAACGCAAAACGAGAAUAUUGAAAAUCUCUCCAAAGAGUUCGCUCAAAGUGUUCUAGCGCAUGGCCGCAAUGUGAGUCCAGCACAAAUUCAAGGUUUCUUUAUGUUUUAUAAAAAUGAACCGGAAGCCGUUUUAAAUAAUGUGCCAAAAAUUUGGGAACUUACGUAACGCUACGAUCCUAAAAAAUUGCAUGAUUUGUAAGUAUUAUUUGUAAGUAAUAAAAUAUUCAUUAGAUAGUU